CUUCGCUUCCUGUUCCAACUACUAAAACGGAAAGAUUCUAGAAGCUAUGUUUCAGCUGUGUUUGCGUUUUGUUAUCAUUUAGAUAAUUGAUUUUAAGAAUAACUUUUUGAUCAUAAAAUCAGUUUCUUAGAUGGAUUCGCUCAGAAAGUGGCUCUAUAGACCAAAGCGAGAUGACCCUUCCUUGCUGGCGCAGUUUUAUUAUGCUGAUGAAGAACUUAAUAUGGUGGCCAGUGAGCUAGACACUUUUGAUGGCCGCAAAGAUCCGGAGAGGUGCACAGCUCUUGUCAAUCAGCUCAGACACUGUCAAGACAAGGUGGUGAGUCUGUGCAUGUCCAUCAUGGAUGAGAUCAUCCCGGGCGAGCGAGCCAAUAGGGACUUCAGAGCCAAGUUCCCGGAUGACGUGAUGCAGGAGAACCUUGCAGGACAGCUCUGGUUUGGUGCUGAGUGCUUAGCAGCAGGCAGCAGCAUCCUCAACAGGGAGAGUGAGAGCUCCCGAAUGCGUCCGCUUGCCAAGGCGGUCACUAAAACCAUUGAGACUGUCCGCAAUCUUCUCAGGGAGCAGUGCCUGAAGUCCGAGCAAGAGUUCACUGAGAAGAUCCGGGAGUCGCUGAAGAUUUUCGACUUACUCUUCUCUGAGUUUGAGCUGAGCUACGUGAGCGCAAUGGUGCCUGUGAAGUCGCCUGAGGAGUACGAGGUCUUGCAGUGCGUCGUUGUGCUCUUCUCCGAGACAGUGCAAAGAGCACUGCUGCUGGCACUGAUCACCCAGGAGCAGGUGGACACGUGCGACCCCGCGCUCAUGUUCACCAUCCCGCGCCUCGCCAUCGUCGCGGGUCUGCUCUUCUUCCCUGACGGUCCCCUCAACCUGGACCACGGGUCUUCCCGCAACCUCUCUCACCUCUUCAGACCCUUCAAGACUUUGCUGAGCAAGAUCCGUGAGCUGCUGUGGACGAUGAGCCCUGAAGAGCUGGCGGCGCUGGAGAAGAGCUUGUGCUCAUUGGAGGAGCCACAGCACUCCAGCCUGUCCCUGCCUGAGAACAGCACCUACAGCCUGCCUAACUAUGACGAUAAGAGGCCUGAGGAUCGAGGGCCGAAGGAGGAGGUCGAGAUCCCCGUGGCGUUCAGGAACGCCGCGUUCACGAGCAGCUUCAUCCAGAACUUCCUGCAGCGUCACCCUGAGUGUCGCACCCUCACUGCCGAGGACAACCUCCUCCCUGCCCAGGAGAAGCAGCCAGCUAGCCGAAGCAGAAGUAGCAGUGAGCGCAAGCGAGACCGCAACUCGCAGCGCUGCCGCACCAGCGGCUCCGGCGUGCAUCGCAGCGCCUCCAGCCGCGCACGUCUGCGGCAGGAGCGACUCAGUGACAGGUUCCUGGCCAAGUUGACCGGCACAGAAGAAAGGCCACGCGUUCGCAGAAAGUCGAAAAAAUCUCCUUCAAAUUCAGGACAAGACCGUGGGUCGCCUUCGAUGAUGCCCUCGGUGUCUGAAGCCCUUGAAGUUCUGCCAGCCUUCCUGCCUCCUAACACCACUGCCACGGUGGAGAGCCUGGCGCAUCUGCCGUCUCUGGAAGAAGCCAUUCGUUUGCAGCGCGCUUACGACCUGCACAACGAACGCUUGCAGCGAGCACAAAUGCAGCAGUCUGUUCGUCGCAACACGCUGCCUGCCUCAGACUUAGCGGGGUACGUUGGUGAACGAAGGGCUUUGGCAUCUUAUCUGCCCAGUGACAGCCGAGCUCAAGCAGACUCUGAGUCUGAUCACGAACAGUCGCAGCAGCGAACUCGGAGACCGCACCACACAUCCAGCAAUCGGUCUGGUUUGCCCAGUGAUCGGCCUAAACAUCGGUCUAAAUAUUCCAGUUCUAGAGGACGAUCACGAAAUGAUUACGAGUUUGAUGCUAAUGCUAAUGCCUCUGUGAAUAACCACACAUCUGUGAACGCUCAUCAGAAUUGGCCACAGGAAAGGAAUGCUCCUCUGGGCGAACUAAGGAACGCUUUGGCCCGACCUCGUACCUUUGCUUGCCUCAAUGAGUCAUCUUCAGGUAUUUUACCAGCAAAUUUAUUGGCCGAUGUUGAGCAGUCAAUGCACGAUUGUGAGAUUUCUGGUGGAAACUUCCUGCAACCUUCUCUGUUAGACCAAACCUUGCCAACCGACGACAGCGAGUACACUGUUCCCGUCAGCAUUGGCGAGUGUGUGAGCAGCGCUGUGGCGGCUGACCCCACCAUCUUUGGUGUCCACAACCUCUACCAUGACAUGGUGGUGCCUGAUUACCACUUAGUACAACCUGAAGCUUAUGUUGACCACAGUUCCAAUUUUAUGUCAGUUAAUUUCGGCGCAAAUGGAAGAAGUUCUCGGGAAAUUAGCGAAGAAGUAAUGCCAGGCCUGGAUAACUACAGUCGAAGACGCCUUCGACACCAACAGGGCACCGUUCACAUCAUUGACUCCCCCAGAGAAACCAUAACAUCCCUCCACUCCUCAACCCCAGAGCGACACAUGGAGGUUCUAAAUAACUCUUACGGCAGGUACCAAGCCUAUUCUGUCGAGUCUGUUUACAGUCCAAAUGUGGAGGAGGAAAGCUACCACGAUGACGACCCUGAGAAUGUUCUAUCACCGCCUGUUCGACCAAACCGAUCAAGAACUGGCAAAGAGACAGACGACGAAAGCAUUUUAUCCGCCCAAGCUCUGGGAAAUGAUUCUAUGCACGAUCCAACUGAUGCUGAAGUUCAUGCAGAUGAUGCAAGUGUUAUGCCUGCUGAUGAUCAUAUAAGCAUUGCUGGAGAUAUGCACACCGAGGAGCUGCAAGAAUCAAAUCCAAGGGAAGUUUAUGAAGAAGGUUUAACGCUGUGUAGUGACGAAGCAAAGGACGACGAAGAUGGUUUGGUCGUGGGUAACGAACGACGAGGUAUCAGUGAGGACGUGGGUGAGAGCAGCAGCACAAGCAGCGACGUGGGGGCCGCGUUCUCUGAAGACGAUGAACUCAACGACGAAGAAGUCGCCCUGGCCCUGCAAAUGGCUGAGGUGGCUACCGCCUGGCGUGUGCGCGCUCGGUUUGAAGACCCUCGGGAUCUGGUGCAGCGUCUGUUUGUCUGCAUAUCAGGCGUAGCAGACCAGCUGCAGACAAACUAUGCCAGUGACCUGCGCAGGAUCCUGCGCACAGUCUUCCUGCUCAACCAGACCCCAGACCCUCCACCAGACCCUCCCAUCAAGUCCGAGCGUUUGCUAGACCCUGACUCUCACUCCACCAGCCAGGACUCUGAGUCUCUGAGCGUGGGGAGUGCAGAGGACGCGCUAGCGGGGCUGGGGAGCAGCUCCCAGCCUUCCUCCCCCAGCCUGUCCUGCAGCUUCCCCCAGCCCCAGCCUUCUCCCCCACACGCCCUCCCCCCCAUCGCUUUCUCUGAGCGAGCUUACCCCCAACGUCUUCCCCUCACCCAGCAGGACUCUGGUGCUCUAGAGGCGCCCCCUACAGUCGACUCGCCGCUCCCGUCACCUCUUGCUCAGGACGCAAGCGGGGACGAGAGCGGGACGUUGACAUCGCCGUCAGUGAGCGGCUCUCUGGCGAGCCCCGCCCUAGACGUGCCGCCCUCGUCGGGAUCUCUAGUGCCCUCGUCAGUGCCUGUGGCACCCUCGGCGCCAGGGGCGGGUGACGUGGGCAGACGAGGAGCCGCCGAGGAGCCUCCCUGCUGGGUACCUGACCAGGAGGCACCGCGGUGCAUGGCUUGUGGCGCCGCCUUCACCAUGCUGAGACGCCGCCACCACUGCCGCAACUGUGGCAAGGUGUUCUGUGGCGGCUGCAGCGAGCGCUCGGUGCCCCUGACGCACUUCGGCAUCUGGAAGCCUGUGCGCGUGUGCAACAUCUGCUUCCUGCAGUACGUGACCAGCGCCGCCAGCGCCUCCUGACCGCGUGCUGCCUGACAUCUUCCGCCUGCUGCAACACUUACUUCUGCUACUUUACCUCCUGUCUCAUACGCUACUCUUCCGUCGGCUGUUGCAACGCUUACUUCUGCUACUUUACCUCCCGCUUCUGCUACUUUUUCCCCUGCUGCUUUAACCUCUUCUGUUCCUUCUUGUACUCCUGCUACUCCUUCUUCCGCUACUCCUGCUGCUACUGCUACUCGUCCUCCAGCUGGUACUCUGCCGCCUCUUCCCUCUAACUCAUGGUCACAGCCUUCGUCUCCGGGCUUGCCGCACCCGCACGCUCCCGAGUCUUCCUCCGCCCUCGCACCAGCUCCUCAACGGCGUGCCUGUGACAGCUCUGGGACCUUUCAUCUCGCAGGUCACUCUUCACCGUCGGCGUCAACUGAUCAGUUUAACUAUUGUCUUCUUGAUUCCGCUGCUACUCAGUCAACGCAUUCGCCUCCAAGCUCUUUGUGAUCCACUCCAUGUGUAAGCUCCUAGAUUUUGUUUUGAGAUUCACUCAGGGUGUAUGCUCUUAAACUUCACCAGGAGAUCCACUCGAUGAGUAAAGACUUGAAGACUUUACCAAGACAUCCACUCGACUAUCCACUUGGUCUAUCCCUCUAUGAUGACAGGGCGUGUUCUGCUGUAGGUUUUGCGAAUACUUUUACUUUGAGUCUGUGAUGGUUUGCUACUCAUUGGAACUAUGCCGACCGCAUUGAUAUUUAUUCUACCUGCUGACUGAUAACUGUUGAAAAUCCGCAUAUUAACGUUCUAUUCAUUUCAUUCAGUUCGUUCAUUUAAUUCUACAUCGUGAACUUCUCUAUUGAAAUGCCCCCUUUGAACUUGAGCGCCUACUUUAUUGUUGUACAAAUUCUUCCCGUGCCAACACUGGAAUUCGAUAUAGGUAGUCUUUUUUACUGGAAAGCUUUCUUCAUUUUUGAUAACAAGCAUUCAAUGUUAGGAAUCUGUUAGCAUUUCAUUCAUCAGAGAGAGCUGAAUUUUCUCGAGAAGCACAGCAGUUUACCAGUUCUCUCAAUAAAAUUCUCUCUCAAACCAGUCCACUAAUACCGGUGGUUUUAGCGAAUAUUUUACCUUCCCGUGUACAGAAAAAUAGGAGAAGCAGAUGGAUUAGCUUGUGGAAGUUGUAGUUUUAGAAAUUUUAGUUGGAGCCUUUCUACGAAGUGAAAAGUGAUGAACACUCAACUUGAAUUUGAAGUAUUUUAAAUAAAUUCGUAUCUGCAGAAAUGUUCUUAGAUUCAUGCCUUUAAUGAAGUGAUAUCGCUGCCAACUGUAUUAUAGUGGACUAGCAGCAGUAUUGCGUUUGUAAUACCUACUAAUAAUUCUCUUAGAUUUUGUUUCUCGUUGAAAUCGAUACAUAUUAUGCCAGCUCACAUGUACAGUGAUUGAAAUCAUUACAGCGAUUAAAAUAUCACUACAGUGAUUAUAAUCAUUACAGUGAUUAUAUUUCAAGUGGAGUUUUCAUUGUAAGAUGUUUUCGUUGUAAAUUAAAAUUGAAUAUCGGUGUUUCUUUGCAAGUGGACAAUAUGCUUUCCUGUCUUUUCUUAUCACGGAAAACUUUUUUGCAUUCUACUUGUACAUAUUGGAAAAUUGUUGAUUCGUUUGUACUUAUAUAGCCUGGGACCUACGGCUCUGUAUAUGUUCUCUUUUGUAGUUUUUAUAUUGUAGUUAUAAGGAACUUAUUUUAUCUUGGUUCAUUUUAUUAAAUUUUUACAUGAAUUGCCCAAAAAAUGGUCAUAUAACAGAUUUUGCUUUGGAUUUGAAAUUUUUUUUUUUUGGAACACCUAAAACUUCAAUUUGAAGUAUUUUAAAUAUAUUCGUGUCUACAGAAAUUUUCCUAAAUUCAUGCUAUUAUUUAAGUGAUAUCGCUUCACAAUUUUUUCGGGAAAGGUGGACGGGAGAAAAAAUCACGACUGAGUUUGUUCAUCGUUAUUUUCCCGCUUCAAACUUGAGAUGUUUUGUAUUUUGUUUGGGUUAUUGUAAAUUCUUAACUGGAUAAUUUUCUGGAUAAUUUCUAACACUUAACUUAUAAAUAACAAUACUUUAUUUACCGAUAGAGUAGAUUUAGACGCCUGUGAUAUAGCGUUCGAUUGCAAGCCUUUACUAAUGACCUACAGCUGUUUUGGGCUUCAGUAACUUCUUUACCAACUUCUGCUACUUAUUCAUAGUCAUUAUGAAGACAAUAAGUAUUUUUAUUUCGACAGAUGCUUCUAUUUGUAGUGAUCCAUAAUAACUUGAUCAUUAACUUGUAAAAUUACCUCAUGUAUAACUGAACUUGGUUAUUAGCUUGUAAAAUUACCAAAUGAUUCAGCCGGCCCGAAAUAAUUUAAUGAAUUGUUUCCUGUACCUAAUCUCCCAAUAUAAAGAAAUAAACGAAAUAUAUGAAAUGUUCGAAGUGCGGCGAGAUUUCCAACGGUAUUUUUGUGGUGAUUGUUGCCGUGUUGAUAGUUUUACAUUCAUCCAAGUUGACAUUGUGCACAAACUUCAUUCAACGAUAAUGUAAAGUAAUUAUAAACGAUGCCUGAAGAUAUUUUAUUCGAAUUGAUGUUUAAAUAGCGUGAUAUUUGCGCUCAAAAUAUUCCUUUUUAAAUGAAAAGAAUAUUUUUACGCCGCACCUCACUCAGUCGCGCUAGAUUCAUCGCUGUAUAAACGCCCUUAAUCAUCUUCUGUCAGAGUUUUCUUCGAACUAAUAACUGUUGUUAACUUUUAAAAUAUUUUAUACUCAAUGUAAGUUAGUUUUUUGUGCCACGUUUUGGGGUUAGUUGAUGAACGGUAACGAAUUUGAAUGUAACAUGAACAAGAAUCGAAUGAUUCUGCUUUAAUCACAGAAUCACGUGAUUCUGACGUUUCUAUCAUAGAAUCACGUGACUCUGUUGUUUGUAUCACUAAAGCACGCGAUUCUAACGUUUUUAUCAAAGAGUCUCGCGAUUCUGAUGGUUCUAUCACAAAAUCACGCGAUUCUGACGUUUUUAUCACAGAAUCCCGUGAUUCUGACGUUUUUAUCAUAGAAUCCCGUGAUUCUGACGUUUUUAUCACAGAAUCAAUGAUUUGAUCUAUACUAGAACCUCGUAAAUCUGAUAUUUUUUAUGAAAGAGUAAUGGGAUUCUGAUGCUUGUAUCAGUAACAAUUAUUUUGAUGCAAGCAUACAAUCCAAUGAUUCUUUUCACGUUGGGGUGGUUUGGUUUAUAAGAUAAGGUCUUUAUUAAUAUUAGAACGUGCGAUGUAUCCUGGCUACAAAACGAACGGAUUUUUUCAAUAACAUUCAAGCUUCUUCACAGGAAAACUUCACUCGAAUAAAGGAACUGUUCAUUUUGUCUAAAUAGUGACACACAUUGCCUAACUGGGUCAGGAUGACCCACUCAAGGGUAAAAAGUACAUCGCUAUUUGGACAACCAUUUCUCUGUGUGUUGUUCGGAUAGCAAAUAUAAAAACCAUAUAAAAGCUUUACGUUGAGGCUCCUCGGGUGCGUUAGAACAAGUCUGGUGAUAUUUCUGCGUUGAAAAUCAACCUAGUCUCUGAAAUGAUAUUUACACGCGAGUGUGCCUGAGAAUACUGAAAAUAAUGUGUUUAUUACCUCGUACUUUUACAGGUUCAAAUUUAAUGAGACUCAUUAUUUCGUUCGUUUUCAAGUUUAUCCAGACAUUGCUUUCAACUUUGUAUGGGAAUUCGGUACUUAGAGUCUAAAUCUUGCACCACCUGAUUUUAUUUGUUGGUAGUUUUAGUAUUUUAUGUUUUUUCCAGCCUCCAAAUUCAGUAACUAAUUUCUUUUUUACAAUCCAAUAUUCUCAUGUAUCAUCGAUAUUUGUGCUUGAAUGUAACUCGUUAAGUAUUACUUCCAAGAAAUAUAUGAAUCAUUUUAU